AUGAUGAAGACGACUACCUGUUCGAAUGCGAUCCGCGCAACUGCGAGAUUAGGUCUUGCGCCCCGACUACAACCUCUACUACUCCAGCGAAGCUAUGCGACGCAGUACGGUCUCGGAACCACCGCCUCGACAACUAGCUCAAAACGAAAGAAAGUCACACCAUUCAACGACAAUGGGUCGGUACCUUGGUCGCAGCUUUCUGGGGGAGAAAAGGCAGCCAGGGCGACCCAGCAGACCUUCAACUUUGGACUGAUUUUGGCUGGUAUCGCAGGCGGAGUUGCAUAUGUUUUGUGGACAGAUGUCUUCUCUCCGGACAGCAAAACUGCUGUCUUCAACCGAGUCGUUGACAAGAUCAAGGCUGAUCAGAAGUGCAUCGAAAUGCUGGGAGAUUCGAAGAAGAUUGUUUGCCAUGGCGAGGAAACGUAUAACAAGUGGCGACGAGCACGUCCGAUUGCCUCUACUAUCAACACGGAUUCGAGAGGCCACGAGCAUAUGCUCAUGCAUUUCCAUGUCGAAGGGCCCCUCAACAGGGGUGUGGUUUACCUCCACAUGAUCAAGACGCCCAUCUCCGGCGAAUUCGAAUACAAGUACCUCUACGUUGAUGUGAGAGGGCACCAGCGACAUUACCUUGAGAACGCAGAUACGGCGACCGGUUCUGGAAAGAAAGGCGUCAGGUUCCUCGGCAUCAACUGGGGAUGA